AUGCCGAGUCUACUCGCACCACGCUUGAAAUGCUUCUACUGUGGUAUGCGAUCACCCCAUGUCAAGGAUGGAAGGACGCGACAGUUUGCUUGCACCAGCUGUGAUGCCACAAAUUACCUCGACUCAAAUGGCGACAUAACUGAUCCUCCUGCGACUCCGAGCUCCCGUCAAAACACGUCUUUUGCUCAUCCACCGCCGCGACCGACGUCACCUGUACAGCCCGAGUCGACCAACCUCUUUUGCAAAACCUGUCUCAAGAACCAGCAGAUGGUCGCAAACUUGCUUGCCGAAUAUCUACCUGCCGAGGACGAUCCGCAGUACUUGAAGUAUGAAGCAGAGUAUCCGCAAUACCGCAAGAGUCUCGAACGACGCUACCCCCAAGUCUGCCCCAGAUGUGCCCCAAGAGUAGAGCAGCACCUGAAGAGGACAAACUACGUCGCAAAGGCCGAUUUUCUCACGCGGAGUCUCGAGCGCUCAAAGUCGAAUGCCAUCAACACUCUUCCCACCUCGGCCUCUCUCGGCAUAUCAGCUUUGAACCUCGUCGCCAUGGCCUGGUGGGGAAGUGCCCUCUUCCAGCUUUACUGGCAUGCACUGGCCUUCCUGGGUAUUCCCGGAGACAACGAGGAAGUCGCUGACCUGACCUCUCUCAUGGUCGUCGGCUGCUCCAUCAAUGGCUUUCGCUUACGUAUGCUGCCGUCUGGCUGCCCUCACCUCUUUGUCCAUCUUGUCAGGAAGUCGUUGUAUUUAGGUUUUUGGCUUCUUUGGUGGAAUCCAACCUUCAAAGACAGACUUAGAUUUCCCUAUCGAACUCAUCACGCACUUGGACUUGCCGACUUCUACCGCUAUCAGUUUGCUAUCCUUGCUCUCCGGACGACCGCAUGGUGGUACUUGAGCGGUCCCUGGAUUGAUGGUUCAGCUAGCGACAUCAACAAGGGCAUGCACGGAUGUGCCGCUCUGUUCAUUGUUCUGAGUACAAUAGCCUCUUUGCGUACCGUCGUCUACUCUUCGGCUCCCAGAAUCUCAUGGAAGACCAGCAAUGAGCCUUUGAUUGAGCCUGGCAGCUUCCAUCCCUCUACCGACGACUUUAUCAGUCAAGCCUCGCCUCAUCUUCCUACAAUGUCUCCCACGCGCCAGCCAUUUCCCUUGGAGAACCUGGGUGCCCGCCCUAUCACUCGUUCAGCUACACGAGCUGCAUCGCCUCUGCUGUCUCGCUUCUCACGACAUUCGCCGUCUCCAGCGCCAGCUCAAGAUACGGUAGACUCCAUGGACUGGGAACCGGUCGGUCAAUCGUCGCCCAUUAGACCUGAUCACGCUGCACAACCCACGUCAGUUUCCGCACUCCCACCUUUUCUUCGCCCCGCCGCUAGUAUGGCGACCGGAGAGAAAUCCCCCUUUACUGGGCGUCUACCGCCGGCUCCCAUGUCGCCUGCACAUCGCCUGCUCAACCCACCAGCACCGCCACAGUUCAAGCCAACUCCCCUCUCCCAACAACAAGACUUUUUCAAUAUGAUGCGCCUCAAACCUGCAGCAGUACCUUCCUUGGCCAAGAAGCCUACGGUGAAUGAGGAUCACGACGAUGACGACUCACCUCGCAAACCAGCCUCGUACAUGUCGAGUACAGAACGAAACAGGACAAAAGACCAUUUUGAGCUGCACCCACCGAGAUGGACGUUACAAUCCGAUGUGGAAAAGAGCAACAAGGGUACAGGGUUAGAAGACAUGUUCACCUCUAGCUUUAACAUCGCCGACGAACAUGACCCCAUGACUCCGAGAUCUGCACGUCGCACUGCUGCUCGUAACUCUGCUUCUAACACACCGCUUGGUGGUAAUGAGGGCCGUCAUAUCUUCGAUCGCGCUCCUGUGGAACCUGUGAUUGACGAGACUGCUAGAGAAGUCUUUGUGAGGAAUGCAAAGGAGAUGGUGUUGCCUGUUGGAUUGGCAUUGGCUGUUGCUCUUGCUGCUUGGGCUAGGGAUCCGGGUGCUAGGGAGUGGAUGGGGACAUUUUGGCAAGGGUAA